AUGGCGCUCACGAACCCGAACACGAACGCGAACGACAUCGAUUACACCACCGGCGGCUGGGCGAAGACGGGUGUCACCAUCAGUGUCACGCCCAAGGACGCCAAGGUCGAGGUCGGCGCGCAAUUCUGCGAGACGAUCCAGGCGCCUGUCGAGGGCAUGGGCCGAUGGAGCAACACGUGGACGGUGCAGGAGCUCGUCCAGGGCAAGAAGUUCGUCAUGACGGCCAUGGACAACUUCUCGAGCAUCCCCAUCCCCUCCCGACUCACCUACACUUUCACGGCCGUUGAGGGAAGCAACGGUAGCAAGACGACGUUCUUCCGCUCCAUCGAUACCGCCCCGACGCAGGAGUUCUGGGACAAGGCCAAGCCCGAGGAGAAGGAGGCCCUGUACCGCUUCCAGGGCAGCCAGAGCGAGAUGGCCGCACACCUCAAGCAAUACGUCGAGCAGAACACGCCGGCAUCUUAG